AGUACAGAAGGCUGUACGGCAGGUAGGGAGAUUUGCAUUGUGGCUGGGGAAAUGGAGAGAACAGGUGGAGGUGUGGAGAACUCUGGAGCUGACAGCAGCUUGGUCGUCUGGUCUCUACUGGCCUUCUGUCUUCUGUCUGGUCCUGCCACAGGUGACCAACAUGCCCACUGCUCUGAGUUCCUCUGUCUCAGCCCUCCCUCUCUUCUGGUGAGGCUCCUCAGCUUCUCCUCUGAGCAGGGUCCCUGUGGUUACCCCUUAGAUCUCCCUCCUUCAGGCCUCCCAUCUGGCCAGGGCCUCCCUCCACUUCCACCAGGCUUCCCAGGACUGGCCCCUGGUCCUGUGGCCUGGAGCCCCCUCAGCCCCACAGUUGUGAUUGUUCCGGGCAGGAGGCCAGCCAGGCUGCAGCCCAGCUGGGCGAGGGUGAUGGCGGGGGAGCUGUUAGAGGCAGGGCUGGUUAAUGUCCUGGUAGCUGAUUGGCUGCUGCCCCCAGAGCAGGAGAUCACAGAAGGAGCCAGGCAGGUGGGAGAGAAGCUGGCGCAGACCAUACAGACACUACUGGAGGACCGGGGCUCUUCUCCAGAGCUGUUCCACCUGGUAGGGUUUGGUGUUGGGGCCCAUGUAGCUGGUGUGACCGGGGCCUGUUUGGAGGGAACUAUUGGCAGGAUCACAGGCCUGGAUCCGUUCUCACCGGUGUUUUCAGAGGCAGACAGCAGCCUGUCUCUGGAUCACACUGAUGCCCAGUACGUGGACGUGAUUCACACCAACUUCAACCCCAAUGAGCCGGUAGCUCCCCUGGGGGUUCCUAGACCGUUGGGUCAUGUUGAUUUCUACAUCGGCAAAGGAUAUCAACUCCCUGGUUGUCCUCAGGCUCUCAUGAAAAGGGAGCAGUACUUGCUGUGCAGUCAUCAACGGGCCUAUAGAUUGUUCACCAGCUCCAUCCGGUCCUCCUGCCCUCUCACAGCCUUCCCCUGCCAGGGAGUAGAGGACUUCCAGAGGGCUCUCUGUACACACUGUCACCACACUGGCCUCAACAUCUGCCCCCAGCUGGGCUACGACAUCAGCUGGCUGCCUCCAGAUCGACCAAUCACCUUCCAGCCCCUGACCGCGGUCCUGGACAUCACAGCAACGGACCCUUUCUGCGUGACGCCGUUCCUGUUGGAGGUGCACCUGGAGGGAAACACCUCGUUAGAAGCCCAGCUAUUUAUUCAGCUGAAGGGAGACAUCAGGAAAACACCUGUCAUGUUGGUGUCCGGUCCUUCCCUGAUGCAGUUUGAGUCUCAUCAGAUACACCAGUUCCUGGUUUCUGUACGUCACAGUGUUCAGGAGUUCAGAACCAUAGUACUUCACUUCUACUCUCAACGCCUCCUGUACUUGGCCUGGAGGAAGAGACGGAUUCACAUCAGUCAUCUAGUCCUUACACAACUACCCAGGCACCAGGGGCUAGUAUCUUACAGGACCCGGAGUGUUACCGCAGUGGAGAAUCACAGAGUGGACGUGUGUCUGCAGAAGGAAGAGUGA